CGGAUUUUUAUCUUCUGGGUGUUCGCAGCACACCAAAGAAAGUCUUUCACUCCCAACAAAUAUGUAUGGAAUAACGCGAUUGGCAUCGAUUUUGGCAAAAAAUUCUGAUUCAAUGCAUCGCUUGGCAUUGGUCAUACCGCAACGCAACUAUCAUGUGGGACAUAAGCGGACACUGGGGACCGCUGCGAAUCCUGAUAUUAUAUCUAAACAAUACCCCAUAAUAGAUCAUGCAUACGAUGCAAUUGUAGUCGGCGCUGGAGGAGCUGGCUUGCGAGCUGCCUUUGGCUUAGUAGCUGAAGGAUUUCGUACGGCUGUCAUAACGAAACUUUUUCCAACUCGCUCGCAUACUAUUGCAGCUCAAGGUGGCAUUAAUGCGGCUUUAGGAAAUAUGGAAGAGGACGAUUGGAAGUGGCACAUGUAUGAUACUGUUAAGGGUUCCGACUGGCUGGGAGAUCAAGAUGCCAUUCAUUAUAUGACACGCGAAGCUCCAAAGGCAGUUAUCGAGUUGGAAAACUAUGGUAUGCCGUUCUCGCGUACACAGGACGGCAAAAUUUACCAACGUGCUUUCGGCGGUCAGAGUCUCAAGUUUGGUAAAGGUGGCCAAGCACAUAGAUGCUGCGCGGUAGCGGACCGUACGGGGCACUCUCUUCUCCACACGCUAUACGGUCAAUCCCUGAGCUACGAUUGCAAUUAUUUUGUGGAAUAUUUUGCACUCGAUUUAAUUUUUGAAGAAGGCGAAUGCAGGGGUGUGCUUGCUUUAAACCUAGAAGAUGGAAGCUUACAUCGUUUCCGUGCACAGAACACUGUAAUUGCAACAGGCGGAUAUGGACGAGCCUUCUUUUCGUGUACGUCAGCUCAUACGUGCACUGGUGACGGCACGGCGAUGGUUUCACGUCAAGGUUUACCAUCGCAGGAUCUUGAGUUUGUACAGUUUCAUCCAACAGGGAUUUACGGUGCAGGUUGCCUUAUAACUGAGGGAUGUCGCGGUGAGGGAGGCUACCUUAUCAAUGCAAAGGGUGAGCGCUUUAUGGAACGUUAUGCGCCCGUGGCUAAAGACUUGGCCUCUCGUGAUGUGGUGUCUCGUUCGAUGACUAUAGAAAUUAUGGAGGGCCGUGGUGUAGGGCCCGAUAAAGAUCAUGUGUACUUGCAGCUCCACCAUCUGCCCCCUAAGCAAUUGGCCGAGCGGCUGCCAGGCAUUUCUGAAACGGCAAUGAUUUUUGCAGGAGUAGAUGUCACUCGCGAGCCCAUACCAGUAUUGCCUACAGUGCACUACAACAUGGGUGGAAUUCCCACCAAUUAUCGUGGUCAGGUACUAACUGUGGGAAAAGAUGGUAAGGAUGUUAUUGUUCCUGGGCUAUAUGCGGCUGGAGAGGCAGCCUCUAGCUCUGUCCAUGGUGCAAAUCGAUUGGGUGCCAACUCCCUACUUGAUCUGGUAGUUUUUGGUCGUGCUUGUGCCAAAACUAUUGCAGAAGAAAAUAAACCGGGUGCCAAAAUACCAUCAUUGAAGGAUGGCGCCGGUGAAGCUUCUGUUGCCAACUUAGAUAAGUUACGUCAUGCUAACGGCCAAAUCACUACUGCUGACUUGCGCUUGAAGAUGCAGAAAACUAUGCAGCACCAUGCCGCGGUUUUCCGGGAUGGUCCUAUACUGCAGGAGGGAGUUUCCAAAAUGCAAGAAAUAUACAAGCAAUUUAAGGACAUUAAAGUAGUCGACAAAUCCCUAAUCUGGAACUCUGAUCUCGUUGAAACCCUCGAGCUUCAGAAUUUGUUAGCGAAUGCGCAAAUGACCAUUGUGGGAGCUGAAGCUCGGAAAGAGUCUAGAGGUGCACACGCACGAGAGGACUUUAAGACCCGAAUUGAUGAAUAUGAUUACAGCAAGCCAAUCGAUGGUCAGGAUAAGAAGCCUGUCGAGUGUCAUUGGCGUAAACACACCCUUGCUUGGGUUAGUAAUGAUCAAGGCGACGUUCAAUUGGAUUACAGAAAUGUUAUUGAUCACACCCUAGAUAAUGAGGUGCAGAGCGUACCACCAGCGAUUCGAUCCUACUAGACAGAUUACAAGAGCAAAUUUGGCCACAAUACUAGCCGCCUCCCUAGCACUUUGCAAAUCUAAUAUUUUUCUGGAGAAAUUUGUCACAAAAAAACAUAUAUGUGUAAUACAUAUGUAAGCACUAGUGUUAAUUUGUAGUUCACUUGAGCUGUUAUAAAAAUUAUUACGUGUGACCAAAA